UGAUGGCCAUCAUCAUCUCUCUGCUCCUGCUGGCCUCUCUGCUGCCACACCUGACCUUCACUGCUCAUGUGAAUGUGGAUAUUGUGAACGGCAAGAAAGCCAAACCUCACUCCAGACCUUACAUGGUUUCUCUUCAGAAGGAAAAGAAUCAUACUUGCGGUGGAUUCCUCAUUUCUGAUCAGUUUGUCUUGACUGCUGCACAUUGUCAAAAGAAAAAUGAAAUACUAACAGUUGUGGUUGGUGCACAUGACCUAAAAAAUGACAGUGAGGGUUCAGUCCGCAUCAGAGUCAAGUCUUACCACAAGUACCCGGGCAAAAUGAAUGACAUUAUGCUUUUGCAGCUAGAGAAAAAAGUUAAACCAACCAAAAAUGUUAACUGGAUAUCAUUACCAAAGAAAGAAUCCAUCAACAAAACAGACCCUGAUUGUAGUGUUGCAGGCUGGGGACGUCUGAACAUGAAAGGUCCAAAGAGUGAUUGUCUUAUGGAGGCCAAUGUGAAGAUAAUGGAUAAUGCAGAAUGUAAAAAAAAAUGGGGAAAAAAACAUAAAUAUUCAGUCUCACAGAUGAUGUGUGCACAUGGCCACGGUGGAUCCUGCAAGGGGGAUUCAGGAGGUCCUUUGGUUUGUGGAAACACUGCUGUUGGUGUCACAUCCUUCGGUGACCCUCUUCAGUGUAAUUCACCUAACUAUCCUAAUGUGUACAUUAAGAUUUCACCAUAUAUUCCAUGGAUUUAUGCAAAAAUUUGAAAUGUUAAGUGACGUUAUUGAUUAAAAAAAAAAGGAAGAAAAGUUUUUCCUGAAUUUUUUUCAAAAAAGUACAUGGCAAUCAUCAAUCAGUCAAAGUGUCUUCUUUGUCACAACCAUAUAUAGGUGGCACUGGGCAAUAAAGUCAUUUAAUAUUAGCAAGUACGGCCCAUUUUCACAAAGAAAUAAAUCUCCAAAACUGGAAUAACUAUGGUAUAAUAAAGUAAGUGUCACUCUAAGCACCAGGUCAGUCACUCUCAGCAAGUGUCACUCCUCAAUCACCUGCAAACCAUUUCCCUUGUCAUCACUCACUAUAUCUGCAGUCACCAUCCUCACUCAUUGUCUGGUCUUGUCAUUGACAAGCUCUUCAGAUUCCUUACCUGAAUACUCACCUGCGAUUCCUGAGAUACCGUCUUGUCAUCUGUCUUCUAACCAUCCAUCUCCCUGCUCACCUGCCACAGACACCCAUCAUUCACCUGCACACAGGAUACCAGAAUUACCCACCAGCUAAGUCUCCAUCUGACUAUCAGCUAUAUACAGACUCACAUGUGCUGCAUUCCCAUUCUGCUCACAUCUCUGCUAAAUAA